ACAAGCCUUCCCCUGAAUCCACAAAUGGCGUCCGUCGUGCACAUGGUAUCGCGAAACUACGUUCGUAAAUUCUUUAAUUUAUUUCUUUAACGUACAACUUGCCACAGGUGACGAUUUCACGAGGCUAAUCUUGCCUCUUUAUCGUGGUGACACGAGGAUUGUAAAUAGCACGUGUAUAUAGGUGUAAUAGACAAAGAAAAUAGAUAAACGGAUUUAGUAGCUUGCGAUGAGUUCAGGCAACAAAUCGUUGGUGUCCUCCGGUGGGAGAGGCACCAGCAAAAGCAAGUCUCAACAACAUGGAAAAUCAGAUCAACACCAUCAUACAAAGUCUACAGAUUCUACUAAGCAUGAAAAAGGACAGAUUAAUAAAGAUCAGUCAAAACAUGCACAAAUAAUUGAUACUCGAUCAGGCGGUAUUGACGAUCCAGCUUUAAAAGAUCAUAUAAAACAAAUUAUGGAAGUUACUCGGCGUUCGGAGGACGAGGUCAUUAUGGCUCUUCACGACAGUGAUUGGGAUUUUGAUCGAGCUGUGAAUGACCUCCUUGAAGGUGUUUCCACGGAGUGGGAAGUGAAAAAGAAGAAACCUCGUCAACCAAGUGGUACUAAGCAGAGUGCGGAUCAGUCGACUGAUCAUGAAGAAAGUGGUGGUGGCGGUGGAGGCGAUUGGGAAGAGAGACGUAAUCAGCGAGGAGGUGGACCACCACGUUUGCGAGGACGUGGUAAUCAUGAUAAUCGUGGUUGGCGUGGUCGGGAAAACAAGGAAAAUGAGAGAAAUAUGGAGGAUAAUGUACGGGAAGGUGGUAACUACGGUGGUGGAAGACGAGGCCGUGGUGGACCUGGAAGAUCUGGUCGUGGUGGACGAGGUGGUAGAGGCCUUGGCCCUCGUACAUUUGCCAAUCGUGGUGAUUCAUCUUCUGGUGCUCAUACUUUUAAUCGUCCGAUUGAUACUUGGACUGGUAGUGAAGAACAACAACAAAUUAGUCAAGAUUCUAAAAUGACGAGUGAUCCAUGGAAUAAUUUUGAACCUACUGAAGACUGGGAAAAUGAAGAAUAUACAGGUUCUUUAGCAGAUACAAAAGUUUUUACUCCAAGUACAUCAAUGAAUGAUCAGACUGUCGGAGAAGAGUCAAAAGUUUUACCAGAUACUAAUUCUCAAACAAAUGUAACGGCUAUGAAUCUUGGUGGGCUUCCACAAGAAGACUUGUCUAAAUUAACGGAAGUUUCGUCAAUACAACCGCAACAAUCAUCUCUUAUGCAAUCACAAUCUCAGCAAUCUCAACAACAACAGCAAACUCUUGGUAUGUCAACACAAAUUCAACUUACACAGCAAUCUAAUACACUGACUGCCGCUCAGAGCCAAUAUCUUACUCAAUUGACUCAGCAAACUAGCGAGAGUUAUAAAAAUGCAAAUCAAUCUGCAUUUUCAUCAAUGAAUAUGACCAGUCAACCUCAGAGACAACAAAAACAACGACCGCGAGUACCACCACCAUCGAAAAUUCCCUCAACUGCAGUCGAAAUGCCCGGUGAUACUGUUAAUAGUAUAGGCUUUUUAGAUGUCCAAUUUGGUGCUCUUGAAUUCGGAGGUGAUAAUACAACACUCGAGAGUACGGCGGCUGAUAAGUAUAAUUCAUCAGCUGCAAACAUCUCCACAAUGGAUGUAACAUCUAAUGUAGCAGGUACAGGAAUGGCUAAUUCUACAACAUCUUCAAAUACUUUAGAUAUUGACACUGCACAACAAAGUGGUUCAUUCAAUACUUCUUCUCAAAUGAUUGCCUCACCAAAUAAUGCUGGUAUGUCAUAUGGAAGUACCAGCACAAGUUCUACAACAUACCAACCGCAAAAAACAUCGUAUCAAUCAUCAAAUAUUACUGCAUCUAGUAAUUAUAAUGCUUAUUCAUCAGCAAGUGGACAGUCAGUGCAAUCAUCUUUUCCAACUGUUACCGGUGGAAGUGGAAAUAACUUUACAACAACGACAUCCGUUACUCAACCCGGCUAUAGUGGUACUUCAUCUUACCCUCAAUCUAAUGCUUCAACGUUUAGUCAAGCUUCACCUUCGGCACAAUCAUCUACAGGAACAUCGGCAUAUAAUCAAACAACAACGUCUAACCAAGGAUAUCAAUCUAGUGGUGGAUUUGUUCCAUCGACUACUGCUCAAUAUCAAGUAUCUCAAUCAAAUACUGGAGCAAAUAGUAACACUGGUUAUCAAGCGUCGAGCUAUCAAGGUUCUUCAUUCCAAUCAUCAUCACAGGCCUAUCAACCGUCCGCUACGACAUUUACGUCACCAAUAACUCAAUCAAAUAGCAAUGCCUAUCAAAGUUCAUCGCAUUCUGUUUACGGCAGUGCCUAUGGUAAUUAUAACACUCAGACGCAAACAUCUCACAACCAUACAAAGUUGAAUAAUAACGCGUCUAGUAAAGACUCUCAAUACGAUAGCAAUGCAACGACUAGUAGUGGUUCUUUAGCAACAACGAGUACUCCAUCAUUAGGACUUUCUUCAUCAUCUGUAAACAGUUCACAAACCAAAGUAUCAAGUUCUAAUGCUGUACCAAAAAGUACGUCAACUGGUAGUACAGUGACAGGAGCAAGUAUUACUGGUGCUAGUAGUGCAGGAGGGGCUGCUAGCAAUAUGACUCCUACUAUGCUCAGUCAUUCGUAUAUCAUGGGUCAAGGUGUACCUUAUGCUACAUUCCAACAGCCAAUGUAUAGUUACGAGGAUCUUCAACUAAUGCAACAAAGAAUACCUCAUAUGCCAACUACUGGUUACUAUGAUGCGGCACUGGGGUAUCAGACAACUGGUCCAGCUACGAGUCUUGGUGGUGGAAGGAGCGAUCCACUCUCGGGGGUCCAAGGAGUACAAGGUGUGCAAGGAGUUCAAGGCGCUUAUACCAGUAUGAGUGAUGGACGAUUCGCAAGAAAUGACAGCAAUGCAUCACCAGUACCAUCAACGAUGUCACAACAGACGGCAACCCAACAUCAACAGCCUAUGAUGAAUCCUACAUUGCCACCGGGAUAUGCUUAUUUUGCUUAUGGAGGAGGAAUAAUGCCAGGAAGCUUUCAAUAUAGUGGGCCAGCUAUUUAUCCGCAGAUAGCUACUGCAGGAAGUGCUGGUACAAAUAGCGGUGCAUACAGUGCAAAGCCUGGUAGUUAUGGGUCAGGAUAUGGAGGCGGUGCAAGUUAUGAUACACUCGCUAAUACCGGACCCACUGGUGAUUAUAAGAGUGCUAGCAGUGGUUAUAGUGGGACCCAAACUGGUAAAACUGGCACUUCUACUGGCAACACAAAUUCUGGAGCAUCAUCAGCCACUGAUAUUGGUGCAACUAUGUAUGCCAAGAAUCAUGUUGCUCUUAAUAAAGUAAACCAGUCCUAUGAUAAACAAACUUUCCAUUCAGCAACUCCGCCUCCAUUUGGACUGACUGGAAGUCAAAGUGCUGGAAUGCCUGGUGGUUAUGGUGGUCCACAUUUGUUUAUAUCAACAAUGCCACAACAUAUUCAUCAACCACUUCAUCAGGACGGCAGUAAUAGCUCAGGUCAAAGAUCCAAUGCGAGUUCACAAAAUAAAGCACAGGCUAAGCCUGGCUAUAGUUCAGCUUAUUGGGCUGCUGGUAAUUAAAUCUACAAUAAAAAAAAAGACCGAGUAUACUCUCGCGUCUUUCGCGUGCUCGUUUUUGCGAAAAACGCAAUUGUAUUAAAAGAAUAGAUUAAAACGAAGAAUUCUUAUACACAUAGAAUGCGCAAUUAUGUACGCAUAAAAACAUAGAAAAAUAAAAAAAAAA